AUGCGUUCAUUUUUUUCACUAGUCCCUUUAGAAAUAGACGCACGCGGAGAAAAAGCACAGCUCGCUUAUCAAAGUGCUCUUAAAGAUGGAGCUGUCAAUGUUUACCGUGGUCGAGUAUUGCUUAUUGGGCAAGAUCGGGCAGGAAAAACGAGUUUGAAGAAGUCUCUUAUUGGUCUACCAUUUAAUAGAAAAGAAAAAAGUACUGAUGGAAUUGAAGUGGAUCCUUCAAAAUUUCAGUUGGACGUUGAUGAAGUCAAGAAUUGGCAACCUAUUGACGACAGAAAACAGGGGUUCCUAGGAUGUUCGAAAGAUGUGGCACAGGUGAUGGUGGAAAAGAUGUUUGAUAUUCCAGUUAGCCGUGACUCGGUUCAGGGGGAGGAAAGAGGUGAAGCAAUAGUUCAAAACGAUGAUAACAAGAAAAGAAAACAGGUUGGUGCUGAUGGAGAAAAGGAAGAAGUUUCUCUUGUGAACCAGGUUUGUCUUUUGUCUUUGAAAUGUGAUAUUUUUUCGUGAAUUCUUCGGUACUGCGAGAAUUCGAACGUCCUAACAGUAAUUAUUAUGAAUUGAUUAUUGCUUUCAUAAGUUAGGUUUUAGUGAGAAACUCACCACGGCUUCCCUGCCCUUUACUUCGAUGUCCGUAUAGAAAAUAUGUAAUAAUUGCCAAAUCGUGGUAAUCGUAGCUCAAUGUUUGAGCUUAUAGAGAAUUUUCUGUCAUCAAAAACAACUUUAAAUGCCUGAAUAAUAGUCGAAUCGGGGGAUGAAGAGGAAUAAUCCGGUGUUUACUGUUCCAGCUGGAAAAUUUACGUUAUUCCAUUAUUCCAGUAAAAAAGAACUCAUUAUUCCGUCGAAAAAACCUACGUAUUCAAUUAUUCCGCCCCACAAAAUGGCGUUAUUUCCUUUUUUCUUACUCCAUUUUUUCUCUUCACCCCCAAAAUCGAGCCAGGUACGGUAAGUCUUCUAGAAUCAGAAUCAACAAUUAUUUUGUUUGUUGUUUUUUCGUACUCUGCUACAGGUUGGUGAUCCAAACGAAGACAGUGUUAGUGAACUCACAUUAACAGGACCUGAUCAUGAGUUAGUGGUUGAUGCUACUUCACCUCCAGAGGAGAUCAAGGAACGAGCAGUUCAGUUGAUAAAGGAAAUACAAGAUGAAGAUUUUAAGCCUGAAGAAUCUGUUGUCAGUAUUGAACUGUGGGAUUUUGCUGGACAGCACCUGUAUUAUGCAUCCCAUCCCGUAUUCCUAUCAUCACGUGCGCUGUACAUCUUGGUGUGCAACCUCAGCAAGUCACUGCAUGACACAGCCAAGCCCUGUGUGAGGCAAGGAUCUCGUAAUGUUGAUUUGAAAAACCCAAAUGGAGAAACAAAUCUUGAGAACUUGUUGUCCUGGUUGUCCACAGUGCAUAGCGUCGCACAAAUGAGAAGAGAAACCUGUGAUGAUGUAGAAAAAGAGGUGCCUCAUUUGCGCCCCCCAGUGAUCAUUGUAGGAACCCAUGCAGACAAACCAUUUGAAGACAUUGAAACAAUGAAAACAGAAAUCCAGAACGCAAUUGCUGGUAAGGACUAUGAAGGACAUGUGGAACGGCCUAUCUUCAGCAUUGACAACACUGCAAAAUUAACUCAAAGAAAGAUCAAGACAAUGGUUUUCGGGAAAGAUGAAAACAUUGAUGAGAUCCAAGCUUUACAAAUGAAAAUUAUGGAAGUGCUAAGACAGGAGCCUUACAUUGGAGAGAGGAUACCUAUAAGGUAAAAAAAAUGGUUAUACAAAAAGAGAAUCCAUUAGAGUAAAUAUUAGAUAAUUUUGUUGUGACAGUUUGAGCUGUGAGCGCACUGAAAUUGCUGUUUAUGUGUAUGGCAUUUGUUUUCGCCAGUCCUUGUAAGAUUUUUCUCUGAUGUGCAAUGUGUCCUAAGUAACUCAGUGACUGCGACGCUAUAUAAAAGCGUUACAGCAAAACAUCUCAAGGCUGGUUCAUUGUAGUCCUUUACUUUGGUUAAAAAAAUACAGCGAGAACAGAAAAAAUUCAGUGAUUCCUGUAUGAGCCACCUGGCCGUCAUAAGAAAUAAAUAUCUCGUUGUUUGAAACAAGCUCACCAUGAAAAGCAGUUUUGACUGGCCUUAAGGAAUAUUCUGCCCUAAAGGGUUUUAUGAGCGCCGGCCAAAUUGACCAAAAUCUUAAUUUCGUGGCAAGAGUUGAAAAAUCAGUGUCUUUCAUUUUUGUUUAUAGAUAGCUUUUAGGUAGAUAAGAAACCUAAAGUAGAUUGUUCCUGCCGAAAGCUUUUUAUUUGUGAGAAAAAUUAGAAGAUCGGUUUUCGAUGUCGGAGUCUCAGACUGCCCUAAUUUUUAACCUGAAAUUCGCUAACAUUAACUUUCCUCGCGUUUGCAAACGAAGCCGCAUGGACAAAUUUGGACUCUUUCAAUGAACAGAAAAAUUCUUUUUAUUCCACUAAAAGAUACUUUUAGGGCAAUAGCGAAGCUCGUCGAACUGAAAUAAUUCAAAAAUGAGCGAUAGGUUUUCAGGAUAACGAAAACUGAAGUUCGUUACUCAUUUUCGACGGCAAUAUUUAACAUGUGGUAUAACUCCAAAUUCUCUUAAUGCUAUUUAAAUAACACAUUUAGACAUUCAUUUAAAACAUACCUGGGAAUUGGCUUGGGUUAUUGAAUGUAAUCUCCGUAAGACACCAUCGAAGUUCAGGAAUUUUCAUGGUAGGCCGGCGGUAAUUGUCGAAACGCACAAAAGUAGAUAUUUACAGCCUAAAGCCUCGUUUAUUUGCACUUCUUUUUUUUUUUCCAAUUGCAAAAUUUCUUUUUCCAAUCAAAGAGUGGGGUAAAAAGGUGAAACUGGGUCAAUUUUAGCCAUUUUGAAAGGCUGAACCCUACCAGACGGCGACUCUGCGUGACAAUCUGUUCCGUGACUGCACGUGACAUAACGUACGUUUGAAGAGACGAAGCCGUUAAAAUGACAGUCACGGAAUCACUGUAGUAACGCAACGCAAUUCUUGAAAGAGUAACAUUUUCGAUCCUGACAGUAUUUUGAAGAAGAAAAAGUCAAACGCGCUUUUUCUGGUACUCACUUUUUAUCGAAAAAUAUGGACUUUAAGAAUGGUAAUAUGCUAAGGAUGACGGAACAGGAAGAUAUUUCGUCUUCUUACUUUGCGAUCGAGGAAACUUGGAGCCGUUAAAUAAGUAAUUUUGGUCACGCUUCUCUAUUUUUACCGGACUUUGAUGCUUUCGUUUGGACGCUGCCUAAAGGAACCCAAGCCAGUUCUCAGGUAUGCUUUAGAUGAAUGUCUAAAUGUGUGAAUAAACGAGGACCAGGAAAAUUUGGAGCUAUACCACAUGAAGAAAAAUUCCGCAGAAAACAACUACUAAAUUAAAGUUUUUGUCACGGUAAAAAUUAAACCUGUUCUUCGUUUCUGAAUUAUGUUAGUUCAACGAGUCUUGAUAUUGCUUUGAAAGUAUCUUCUAGUGAAAGAACAAGAGUUGUUGUAUUGAUGGAAAGUGUCCAAAUUUCUCCUUGCGGUUUUAUUUGCGAACGCGAGGAGAGUUGAUGUUAGCAAAUUUCGGGUUGAAAAUACGGCCAUUUUGAGACUCCGACCACGAAAACUGAUAUCCUUACUUUUCUCGAGAAUAAAAGGCUUUUUGCGAGAACAACUUACAUCAGAUUAUUUAUCUACCUAAAAGCUAUUUAUGGACAAAAAAUGAAGGCAAUCAAUUUUUCAACGCUUGCCACUCGAUGGUCGAUAUUUCCCGACCGUCGCUCUUAUAAUCUUACUUCGAAUUGACCAAAAAGCACCGUGUACAUUUCAAUUGUCGUUUUAAAAAGGUGAAGUAAAGUGGAUCACACACAUAUUUAUCAAGUGGAUACAGUUAUCCACCUUUGGAACAACUGGGCCCUGUACUUUAGUCAGCACAGGUAUAAUGUGUAUAUGUGACAUGGAUACUUAAACACGCGCUAUCAUUUUUCUGUUUGGUUUUGUAAACUAGGUGGCUGAACUUUGAGAAAGUCAUCAACGCUUUGCUUUCCAAGCCAGUUUAUUACCUGAGUAUAACAGAGCUACAGUCCCAUGCCAAGGAGAAGUGCUUCAUCCAUGAUGAGGAAGAGUUUACUACUAUGGUGAAUUUCUAUCAUGACCUGAGAAUAAUUAUCCAGCACCGUGGCACAGUCAUCUUGAGUGCCAAGUGGCUGAUAAGCUUGUUCGGGCAGCUGAUCACUAUUCCAGAUUUUACGAAAAUGGUAAGAAAUACAAUUUAACGUGUUUUUAAACUUGCCAUGUUUUAUAACGGCCCCCAUUUUGGAUGACAUCACGGGUGUCAAACCGUGCCGUAACAAAUAAAAAUGAUUAUGUCACAUGCAUUGCACGCUAUCUUUCGUGUGUGUCAUCAGCACAAUCUACCUUUAAAGGAGUGCACUGGAAGUACAUUGCGUGACUUGUAGAAUUAUCCUCGAAUGUGGUCUUAAAGGAACGUCUCACAAAAAAAAGAGUGGAAAGAUACUUAUACGUCUGCUGAAACCAGCGACUCUUUGCGUUGACCAAUCAGAACGCGCUUUUAUAGUUUGUGGAAGUGAAAUUUGGACCGUAAGAAUUUUCCGGCGAGUAAACCAAAUGGAGGAUUCUGGCAUUUACGUGGCGCUUUAAAGAGCAUUCUAUAGAUUUAAAAUCUGAGGUCUGUUUAAAAGGCUAUGAUCUUUUUUCGCCCCCAGAGAGAUUUAUUCACAUUUAUACUCCCUAGGCAGUCUUUCGUAACUUCUAUUUUAUAUGUGUCCUCACACAAAUCCGCAAAUUGCAAGGAAGAAAGUUUUCCUUGAAUGUUUACUUAAAAUGUUCAGUAGUUUAUUUCUUUUAGAGAACUUGCUAAACUUUAUUAGUAUAACAUUUAGAAAUGUAAAAUGAUCCUGGAAGAAAGCUAUUUUGAAUAGUUUUGUGAUCAUUCAAUCAAUCAAAUCAAUCAAUCAAUCAAUCUUUAUUCUUCCUAAGAUAAAAAGACAUAUCUUAAGUUACAUCAGCAGUUGGGAGUCUAAAAAUACAUAAGACAUACUGUAUACAAAUAAUAGAAAGAUAAAAAUACAUAAGACAUACUGUAUACAAAUAACAGAAAGAUCAAAAUUAUAUCUAAAAAUAAGCCUAUUUACAAAAACAUUCUUAAAUCUAUCAGUCUUUAUAUCCGGGCGAUGAGCACUUUUGUUUCUGCGUUUAUACUUUGUUUCUUUCUUCUUCGGAAUGAUGUUACUAAGCUGGCAGUCGGGAUCCACUGAACGUACCUCGAAAAGAUUCUUAUCUGCCUUUUCUAAAAAGUUGUCGAAUUUCCGCUCUCUUAGAUGUGUAUUUCCUUUUAAAGCAUCUAUCCAGAAAGUUUUGUACGACCGUGAGAUCUGAGUCUACAGCGCCAUAAAUAGGCAGACCAUAAGUGAAAUUGGUAAAACUAAGGCGCUAAAUAGGUGGUCUACUUGACCUUGACUGAAACCUUCAUCGCGUAAAGAUCUUAAUACAAACAGACACUUACAGUAUUUGCCUUAAUCAACUUAGCACGUACGUGUUCGCUAUAUUUACAAUUCUCCUGAAACGUAUCACCUAAAAUGGGCAGCUCCGUGCAAUGCGGAAUGUCAUUAACUUGCGCAAUAUCCUGAAUAAAACCUUUCUUGCGAAAAAUAAUUUCUUUACAUUCCUCUUGCUAUUCCGUCUUAGGUCCCUAAGUUUGCAAAGCACUGGAAGGAAGUCGAAGAAAGCGGUGUUCUCAGCAUGGAACUGCUUGAUCAUGUGUUUUCCAAAUUUCUUCUUGAGGGCGUUGCCAGGAAAGACAUUCUGGAUUUGAUGGAACAAUUUGGUUUGAUUGCAAAAUUUUCAUCAUCAAAGACAGGUGAAAAGUAUUUUGUUCCAUCUCAACUCAAAGCGUCACCUGAUUUCCUUUGUUCCAUGGCGCCCUCAAGGCUGGACCCUUGUCCCCUCUAUAUUUACUUUGUCAGUGGUUCUGUUCCCCAUGGUCUGUUCACUCGGCUUGUUUCUAGAUCUGUCCAUUGGUGUUCUGAAGCUGGUCCAACUCAGCUCCCUACCCUGUACCAAAAUGGAGCGUGGUUUGUUAUUGAGAACAAAACUGUCCAUGAUUUUGUUCUCAUUUGUAAGAAGCAGUUUAUUAAGUUCUUUAUCAAGCAAAGAAACCACCCUCAGCAGAUCUCUGUGGAUGAGACAAGUGAGGUGGCAGUGCAGGUUCGUGAGUUUGUGGAGGCAACUUUGCAAGCUUUGUCACGUGAUCUCUAUAAAGGUGGAUUGCAGUAUCAUAUUCGGGUCGCCUGUCCGUAUUGUCAGCGGGAAAAGUGUUCAAGCCAUAAUCAGAUUGCAUGUUCUCAUGAAGAUUGUCUUCACCUCCUUGAGGUAAGACAAGGCGUUCAUCUGAUUUGCAAAAAGAAACCUACAGAUGAAGUACUCACAGUCCCAGGAAAGCAAAAAUGGUUCUCACAGACACCAAGUAAGGUAGGUAGCACUGAAAUCCCAUCUCUAUCAGUGCUGUUAGCAUGUUACAUAUAAAUGGAAUGUUAACGUAAAAUUCCGAAAAUACGCCCCUCCAUGUAUAAGCCCCUCCAAAUAUAAUCCCUCAAUUUCGUAGUUAAACACCCCCAUUAAAUCGCCGCACCCGAAUAUAAGCCCCCCGGGGCUUGUACUUUGAAAUUGCCCUCAAAACAAAAUAAAACAAAUUAAAAACGGUACAGUAACACAUAAUGUUUGUAAUUUGCCAAAGAACUAUUCCUUGUGCCAAAUGAUUGCAAUCAAGAAGUGUCAGAGUGUAAUGCUGUUUGCGUAGUUCGCUCUUCACUCUUGGCUUGAAUUUCUUCGAUCCAUAUAGCCAAAGUACUCGCAUGGCAGAGUUUUAGAAAGACCUAGGUCCCCAUGGCGAGUUUCAGUCAAACCUUCGUCCAAAUUACUGACAUAAUUUUUUUUCCAACUCUAAUCUAGCCCUGUCGAUUUUGAGACGCAAAUGUCCCUCCCAUUUCCCUCCGUAUAUAAGCUGCUCAAAAAGGGCCUUUGAAAAAAUAUAAGCCUGGGGGCGUAUUUUCGGACUUUUACGGCAUAUUACUACUAAAUUGAUAUUAUGCUACUGAAAGGCUAGUCAUUUAUUUAUACUUAAAAAGCUUCAACAAAGUUUGUGUGUGUCAUUAUUAGAUUAUAAUGAUGUAUAACGUAGGCCUUCAUUUAACCUACCACAAGUCUCUCGCUGGGUAAAAAGAAGCAAGCAAUAGUUCUUAAAAUCAAGUAAUUUGAUAAGGUCAGUUGGUUACCAUAUAUGACUCAAAAUUCUAUUCAAAUUCUUUUAGCACUUUGCCAGACAAAUGGCUACCCUUGAACUGAGAAUCUCUUUACAGUGGCCAAUUAACAUCAUCAACUCUGUUGUUAAACACCUACUGCAGCCGUAGCAGUGGGUAUUCAUAACCGUUUCUCAAGUCUUUCUUAACAAGCUGUUUGCUUUACAGUCAAUCGAUAAGUUUAUAGCUUCUAACUGGAUGAUAACAUGUUUUGCAAACUUUCUUUCAAAGCGGUAAACACCCCAGGUGUACACUUUCUAUUUUAAAAUAUGCAAUUUUUGUUUCUGUACAGGACGUGUGUACUCCAUCAUCACCACCACCAUCAUCGUCAUCAUCUGAUGCUGAACAAGGUCAUUCAGAACGUUUAAUAUUGAAAGUUACUCUCCUGGCGAACGAAUGGGGGUCGUCUAGGGGUGGUUUGUCAACAAUAAACAGAACUCUUGCCAUACAUUUGGCAAAAAGACCCACACGUAGAAGUGACCAUUCUUGUACCUGA